AUGGCAGGUUCAGGCUCCGUAGGUGUUCAUGGCUGGGGAGACAUGAAGAGUCUCACCAUCCAAGUCAUCACCGGUCGGUGGUUCGUGGUGUUUGCCUCCUUUCUAAUCAUGUCAGGUGCAGGAGCCACCUACAUGUUCGGCCUUUACUCCAGUGACAUAAAAAAAACUCUUGGCUAUGACCAAACCACUAUCAAUCUCCUUAGUUUUUUCAAGGACGUAGGCACCAAUGUUGGGCUCCUCUCAGGCCUAAUCAACGAGUUCAUGCCACCCUGGGUAGUGCUAGCCAUCGGUGCUGUACUCAAUUUUUUUGGCUACUUCAUGAUAUGGCUAUCAGUGACUCAAAAAAUAGCGAGACCUCAAGUGUGGCAGAUGUGUCUCUAUAUCUUCAUAGGUGCUAACUCCCAGUCUUUUGCAAACACUGGCUCUCUCGUCACUUGUGUUAAGAACUUCCCUGAAAGCCGUGGUGUUGUGUUAGGCAUCCUCAAAGGCUAUCUGGGUCUUAGUGGUGCAAUCAUCACUCAAUUAUACUCUGCUAUUUACUAUCAUGACACGAAGGCUUUGAUUUUGCUCAUAGGUUGGCUUCCAGCUGCUAUAUCCUUUGUUUUCCUUCGAACCAUUCGAUACAUGAAGCCAAUUAGACAGCCUAACGAGCUCAAGGUUUUCUACAAAUUCUUGUAUAUUUCGCUUGGCCUUGCUGGGUUUCUACUUGUCAUGAUCAUAAUACAGCAAAGGGUCAACUUUAAACAGAGUGAGUAUGGUGUAAGUACUGCUGUGGUGCUUUUAUUGCUCUUCCUUCCAGUUGCUGUUAUCUUUAUAGAAGAAUAUAAGAUCCAGCAGAGUAAAAGGCUUGCAUUGGUUGAUCCCUCGCCGGUAAAAGUAGUAACCGAGGGUGCAAAGGUCAAUCCAAAUGAGUCUACUAAUGGUCAAAGUAAAACUGUUUCCCACGAAACCCAAGACACUAGGUGGUGGCAAAAUGUGUUUAGUCCACCAGACAGAGGUGAGGACUAUACCAUACUUCAAGUCCUGUUCAGCAUCGACAUGUUAAUACUAUUCGUGGCUAGCAUUUGUGGGAUUGGGGGCACUUUGACUGCAGUUGACAAUCUUGGUCAGAUAGGAGCCUCCCUUAGAUACCCAAAGAAAAGCAUAAGCACUUUUGUGUCACUAGUGAGUAUUUGGAAUUAUCUGGGACGAGUUUUUGCUGGAUUUGCUUCUGAACAUAUUCUAACAAAGUACAAAUUCCCUCGUCCUCUUGUGCUUAGUUUGACUAUGUUCUUGGCUUGUAUUGGUCACCUUCUGAUAGCUUUUGAUGUGCCAAAUGGUCUCUACGUGGCUUCGGUAAUUAUUGGGUUCUCUUUUGGUGCACAGUGGCCUUUACUUUUUGCCAUUAUAUCCGAGCUUUUUGGACUUAAAUACUAUGCAACUUUGUUCAACUUUGGAAGCGCAGCAAGUCCAAUUGGGUUAUAUGUGCUUAAUGUGAGGAUCACUGGGCCUUUUUAUGACAAAGAAGCUAAGAAGCAGUUGGCAGCAUUGGGAUUACAAAGAAAGCCAGGGCAGGAAUUGAAUUGUGUUGGGGUCGAUUGCUUCAAGUUAUCCUUCAUUAUUAUCACAGCUGCAACUUUCAUCGGUGCCGUUAUUUCACUCUUUUUGGUGGCUAGGACUAGAAAGUUUUACAGAGGUGACAUAUACAAGAAGUUCCGGGGAGAGGCGUCGGCGGAACAAGCUGAAGUGACUGGGGCGGAGAACGGUGGCAGGGAAUUAGGACAAAUGGGAAAGGAUGAUGUAGAUCAUAAUUAA